AUGCCUGCCACAACUGCAGAUACGCUAGUGUCAGCCAAGGAUACAGACGCCUACGAUGUUGAGCAUGACGACCAAGUCGCCAGCGAGGCCGAGGCAGGGCCAUCGCGAGCUUUAGGCAUUGAUCAGACACGCGACAUCACGGAGGCAGAGCACGAACUGGGCUUCUGGAAAGCCAUCCAAAUGUAUCCAAAGGCGACUUUCUGGGCCAUGUUUUUCUGUAUUGCUGUCGUCAUGGCCGGAUUCGAUGCGCAGAUUAUCACUUCCUUCUACGCUCUGCCCGCUUUCCAGCGCAAAUAUGGUGAUAAGGUUGGUGAUCACUACGAGAUUGCCGCGCCUUGGCAGACAGGUCUCGGCAUGGGGAACCCCAUCGGCCAAGCCGUGGGCGCUCUCGCAAGUAGUUAUCCGCUGCAUUUGCUGGGCCGACGGAAAACACUUGCCAUCUGCUGCGUGUGGUCCAUUGGCUUUGUCUUUGUUCAAUUUUUCGCCACGUCUAUUGGCAUGCUCUGCGCUGGCGAGCUUUUGGGUGGCCUCGCCUACGGAUUCUACGUUGUCAUCGCCCCGACAUAUGCCUCUGAAAUAUGUCCCGUUACUCUGAGAGGCUUUCUUACAACGUCGGUCAACCUGGCUUUCGUUAUCGGACAGUUUAUUGCCCAGGGAUGCGCCGCUGGCGUAGAAACGCGCUUGGACGAAUGGGCUUACAAAAUACCUUUUGCCAUUCAAUGGGUGUGGCCAGUUGUGCUACUGGCAGGACUCCCCUUUGCACCGGAAAGCCCAUAUUGGCUCGUUCGUCGUGGCCAAAGAGACGAAGCCCGUAAAGCUUUGCUCAAGCUCACUUCUAGCAAAAACCGUCCCGAUAUUGAAAAGCUCCUAGUGGGAAUAGAACAAACUGACUUACUUGAACAACAAUAUGAAACCGAAACAACCUACUAUGAUUGUUUCAAAGGCGUCAGCCUUGUGCGUACUGAGAUCUCUGUCAUGGUUUACCUGAUCCAGGUCAUUGGAGGAAAUCCGUUAAUUGGCUAUGCAAACUACUUUUUCGAGCAAGCGGGAUUGAGCUCCUCCGAUGCGUUUAAUAUGGGUGUGGGUAAUACGGCCCUUGGAUUUGUUGGUACUGUUAUUUCUUGGCCGUUGAUGAAUUAUUUCAAACUGGGCCGCAGAACUAUUUACACCUCCGGAAUGAUAGUCAUGACUAUACUACUUUUCGUCAUUGGCUUUUUGAGCAUACCGAAAGACAACAAAGGCGCUAUAUGGGCCAUGGCAUCCCUGAUGGAUCUUUGGACAUUUGUGUACCAAAUGACGGUUGGACCAAUUUGCUUCGUCGUCAUAUCGGAGAUUUCGGCCACGCGAUUGCGUGAGCGCACCAUUGCCAUCGCCACAGCUGUCCAGGCGUGCGCAAGUAUUGUAUUCACCGUCGCCAUGCCAUACAUGCUGAACUCGAACGAGGCGAACUGGGGCGGCAAAGCUGGAUUCCUUUUCGGAGCCAUCAGCAUUGUUUGCCUUGUUUGGUGUUACUUUCGCCUCCCCGAGAGUCGGAACAGAACAUACGAGGAACUGGACAUCCUCUUUCAGCGCAGAAUUCCGGCUCGCCAGUUCAAGGACUAUGAUCUAUUGGCGGAAGCUGACGCAGCCCGCGAUCGCACCGGCCCGGCUGAUCCAAAUUGA